AAAUUGAACGAAGAUCCUACGUGGCCCAACUCAGCCCACCAAUUUUCAAACAUCUCACCGAACUAUCUCGAAUUCCGCGAAUUGUGGACUGAUUCGCGAAAUUCAAAUUUUCUUGGGUCCUCUCGUUAUUUUUUUUUUUCCACGGGUACCCACACUUCCAUAUAAACCCUUCGUCCCGAUAUUUUAUUAUUCUUCCCACCACUGUACGCGAUCGUUGUCAUCACAACCAUUCCCCUCCAAACCCUCCGAUCGCCCAAUCCCGAGCGUCCGCUCCCGUGUAUGGCAUAUGCGCACCACCCGAAUCAUCGAAGGAUCGUCGUCCCCGCGCGGCAGUCCCUGAUCGAGCCCGGAACCCUAACCCUACCCGCUCCUCCUCCUCCGCCGCCGCCGCCGCCGCCGCUGCCGCUGCCGCCGAUCGUCUAUGUCCAGGUCCCCUUCUCCGCCCUCGGAAACCCUAGCAAUCGGUAUCAUGCGCCGUUCCCGGCGAAUCCGACGGUGGCCGUCCCCGGUCCCGUGUUGUUGCGCUACGAUCCCGCGUUUUUGAUCCAAAUGGAUGACGAGAGGACUCGAUCGCUGCUUCGGUUUAUGGCUAAUGAGGGUCUCGAACCUUCUCCGGAGGAGGAGAUGAAGAGGAAAGAAGUUAUCAAUCAGCUUAAAAAGAUAGUUUUGCACUGGAUCAAAAAGGUUGCAUGGCAGCAUGGUCUUCCCAAGGAAUUGAUUCGUAGUACAAGUGCGACAAUUUUGGCGUAUGGUUCAUAUGGCCUAGGAGUUCAUGGACCUGAAUCUGAUAUUGAUGCACUAUGUAUUGGGCCUCACUUUGCGUCGCUAGAAGAGGACUUUUUUGUUGUUUUGCGAGAGAUGUUUGAGAGGAUGCCAGAAGUAACAGAUAUUCACUGUGUCAAGAAUGCUAAAGUUCCGUUAAUGCGCUUCAAAUUCAAUGGAAUUUCAGUUGAUUUUCCCUAUGCCCAACUUCAAGUUGUCUCUGUUUCUGAGAACAUAAAUAUAUUUGACCCCCUUUUACCAACAAAAGUUGAUGAGCCUAGCUGGAGAAGUCUGUCUGGAGUGCGUGCCAACACUCGGAUUCUUCAAUUAGUGCCUCAUUUAAAGAAUUUUCAGGCUUUGUUAUGUUGCAUUAAACUAUGGGCAAAAAGACGUGGAGUUUAUUGUCAUUUAUUUGGCUUCUUCGGUGGGAUUCAUUGGGCGAUACUUGCAGCUUACAUUUGUGAAAAGCACCCUAAUGCAAGUGUUAAUACUCUCUUGACUGUUUUCUUUGAGACCUUUUCUCAGUGGCAGUGGCCCAAGCCAGUAAUUCUCCAAGAUCGAUCAAUUCCAUACAGAGAUCCUGAUGGCCGCUCUCUUAUGCCUAUUAUGAUGCCUUGUAGUCCUUUUGAAUUUUGCAAUUCCAAUGUCACGAGAAGCACCUUUAACAAAAUUAGGACCGAAUUGCUGCAUGGUUAUGUUUUGACAAGGAAUCCCGGAAGGGUGGAUUUUGAGUGGAAUUGUCUGUUCGAAGUGUAUCCUUAUGCAACACAUUAUGCUUAUUUCCUUCGGAUUUUCCUUGCUGCUCCUACUGUUGACGAAUUAAGCGAUUGGGUUGGAUGGGUGAAAUCACGCAUUCGCAGUCUUCUUCUCAAGUUAGAGAGCAUGCAGAUACACUGCGACCCGAACCCAACCGAGUAUGUGGAUCAUAACAUCGCUGAGCCUAACACUGUGUUUUACUGGGGGCUAUCUAUCAAAAGAGGCACCUUCAUCAACAUCAAUUCAGUCAAAGAGGACUUCAUGAGAAGUCUCAACAACGAACAUUACAGCGAGGAAAGAGUCAGCCGCUAUAAGCUGAAAUUGUCGCUUGUUGACUCCUUCCGGCUUCCCAAAAGCAUGCGAUCUGUAUCGGGUGGGUGCAAAGCUUGCCAGAGAAUAUUUGAUCCAAUUCAAUGGAGAAAACCUAUGUACUCGCAGUGUUGGCCGCACUACCUUGUUGGUUACGCAGCAACAGAUAGAGAAUAUCAGGAUGCUGUUGGGUGAGAAUGUUUUAUCCUUCUCCGUUGGGUUUGCACUUUUUAGUUUUGUGGUUUGAGUGGGGAAUUCGCCAUUUGGGCCCGAAGUAUAUGGCAAAUUAGUCUUUUCUAGGAUUUUGCCGUUCGGGAUAUUAAUGUUUUUGUGGGUUGCAUGUGUAGAGAGAGAGCGAGAGAGCAUGCAAAGAGUUCUACAAUUUAGGCUGAAAUACAGUAUGCAUUUUGGGGUUCGGUGCUGACAGAACCUUGUGAAAUGACCGGCUUGUUGUAGAAUGCAAGUUCUCUCGGUCUUUUUAUGCGCAAUUACUAUUUUACCCAGAGAAUAAAAAUGUACAUACAUGAUUUUUACUGUAUUAUCCAGAGAAUAAAAUGUGUGUGUAUAUAUAUUUCAAGGAUUAUAUACAAGUAUGUGAUAUAUCCAAGGAAGGCAACUGUAUUCUAGCCUCAAUUUUCACUGGUAUUGCCAUCAAACUGUAUUUAUUUAUUUUAUUCCAGGGUUAAUAAAUCCAGUAAAAACUGCUAA